GAAGGAUGCGGGGAAGAUGGCGAUGAAUGUGAAGAACAGAGAUGCGUUUUAUUCAAGUGCUGACUAUUGCAAUAUCUACAGCUCUCAGCCUGUAAACUAUGGAGAUUGCAGUCAUUAUUUCCCAAGGAUGACAGGUCCAGACGCGGUUCUGAAGCCGCCCCUCAGUCUGAUGUGCCAGCAGCAUCCGCAGCACUUCCAGGUCAUGACCCCCGCUCAGAACCUCAGACCGCCCCCCGUGAUGAUGUCACCAGACCCCCUGCGAUUCCCGCUCUGUACCGCUCUCACCGUAAAGCCGUCCCAUCACCUCCAGAUGCCGCCCGACACGUCCAUUCCAGCUCCUCCUGUCGUCAGUCCCAAACCCCCUGAGGAGGACAGUCCGGCGGAGUGCGCCGAUCAGGAAGCUGCUCUGGAAGAACUCUGCAGGCCUUUGUACUGCAAACUGUGCAGCGUCACACUCAACUCGACCCAACAGGCUCAGGCCCAUUAUCAGGGGAAAAACCACAGCAAGAAGCUGCGCAAUUUUUAUGCUGGUAGUGAUCAGCCUCCUCCCAUUAGAAUAGCAGAGGUAGUAGAGCCUGUUUCCCAGCAACCCUCAGCCACUCCACCCACAGAUUCUGCAAAUGUGACGGCCAAACAGCCAUUCUCCGCCAGCAGAAUCAUACUGGCCACGGAAAACGACUACUGCAAGAUGUGUGACGCCUCCUUCAGUUCACCCGCCGUGGCUCAGGCACACUACCAGGGCAAGAACCAUGCCAAGAGACUGCGGCUGGCAGAGGCGCAGCAGAACGCCACGUCCUCAGACUUGUGUGAACCUCAGAAAUGGCCCCGGAAGGAAGGGUACGAGAACCGGUUAAUGAAGAACCGGCGGGCAAUGCCAGGCCCUUACUACAACCCGCGGCCGAGGCAGCGUAUCCCACGAGACCUCGCCAUGUGCGUCACACCCAGCGGGCAGUUCUAUUGCUCCAUGUGUAACUCGGGCGCCAGCGAAGAAGCCGAGUUUCGACUCCACUUGGAGAGCAAGCAGCACAAGAGCCGAGUGUCGGAGCAGCGCUACCGCAGUGAGAUGGAAAACCUGGGAUACACUUAGAUCCAGAGAUCACCGUCACGUGAUCUAUAAACACUUUUGUUUUAGAGCUGCAGAGACCGUUUUUACUAUUUUAAUGCGGGUUCAAAAUGUUCAAACGUUGACUUAUUAUUCUAGAAGCAAUUUCUAAGCUAAUAAUCACACUGUUGUAUUUUACCAACAUGGCAGUUUCAAAAGUGUUUUUGUGCCAUAAAUUGGUGAUGUCAAAAGUUAGAGAUACUGAGCGUAAACUUGCUCAUAGACGGCAUCUUCAUGGCUUCCAUCCAGGAUUAUGAUGAUUCAUUAAUAGUAUGAAGACUGUGAAUUCUUAUCCUACAUCAGUUUCUCUCUGUGAAAGUAAAUAUCAGUGCAUAUGUUACAGUGUUCGCUCUUAAUGUAUAUUAUUAUUUAUUUAUUUCUAAUUUAUUUCUACGUUUACAACUGUUGUUUAAUUUUCUUUGCUUUCUCCACUAUACUCUGUGUGAUUAAAGCCUCAAAAGCAGGAUCCGUGUUGUAAAAAUCAGAGCUGUAGAUUCACUGUUUCAGCACUGCGUUCCCCACAGCGCAAACCUCCGGCAGUCCUGCGGCGCAUCUGCUGAACGAACUGUGAAAGCGAUGACAAUACAUCGGCAUUACACUCGUUUAUACAUGCAGUAGAAGCUGUUCAAUCCGUUAAACAUCAUUUGUUGCUGGAUCAUCCCCAGGGCUCUCUCUCCCCUCACUGAAGGGACAAAUGGAAAACAUGCCUAUUUUUAAUCAGGUGACUUUGGGUCUCUGUGCCCCCCAUGCCCCCUACCUCACAUGAAGAUGGCCGUUCUGUCUGAACAUCUCAGACUGUUAUAGAAGCUGACAGUUUAUAAAACUUGAAGUUAAAGGAAUAUUCCGGGUUCAAUACAAGUGAAUCUCAAUCAGCAGCAUUUGUGGCAUAAUGUUGAUUAAUUUCAACUCGUUCCUCCUUUUCUUUAAUAAAAGCACAAAUGUGUGUUCCAGUGAGACACUUACAAUGGAAGUCAAUGGGGUCAACAUUUGGAGGGUUUAAAGUCAGAAAAGUGAAGUUUAUAAUUUUAUGAAAGCACUUACGUUAAUUCUGAUAAAACUCGUGUAUUAUUUCAGCUGUAAAGUUAGGGUUAGAAAGUAGAAAAUUCUCUUUCCCCCAUUUUAUGACUUUAAAUGGAAUAAAUAUAUGACAGAAGGCAUUUGCAAUAUUAUAAAGACUAUUUGAGUCUCACAGUCACAGCUCAUUGUCACAUGUAGAUGUUUGCGCUUGACAUUUUACCAAUCUUCUCUGAUUGAUUUAGUAUUUGUUCUGUAGGUGAUUUUGUUCAAUAGAAUACGUGAAAUUCCUGCUGCGUGUGCAUAUUGUGAGCUCUGUCAGAGGACAGUGGCACUGCAGGAAAAGGAUCAUUUCAGAGCUGAUCUGAACAGUUCAUCAUCUCUUAAGAGUCUGUAUAUUAUGUUUGCAGUGGGAGAAAUCACAGGAGAUUUGAUGUGUUUCUCAGUGGAGUUUCACUUUGGUGAACUGAACUGCAGCGGGACGUUUACUCAUCUGGGAUGUUACGUUGAUCUGCUUUACAUAUGUUUAAAGUAGCAGGAACCUGUUUAACCAUUAAUGUUUUGCAUAUUCAAAUACUGACCAUUUCCAUCUAGUCUUAAUAUAUAAAGUGGUAAUAAUGUACAUUUGCAUUCUAAACAUGUAUCAUAAGCCCCACUGAGCAUUGAUUUGAUGCUAAACAUUACUGGUUCAUAUAUAUAUAUAUACAGUAUAUUGCCUCUUUAGUGCAUGGAUUCAGUCGAGAGGCAACGGGACAUGUUGCAGGCCAGACUCGAACGUCUACAGUUGAUGUACUCACCACAUCUGUUCUCAUCAUCACAUCUGCUCCCAGAGACGAGUCACAUCCUCACGUGUUUUGUGUGACAGGAAGUUGUGACCCUGUGUGGGAACAAAUGAAGAAUCUCAACACUGUUUAUUGAUCAUGAACACAAACCUCUUCACUGCGACUGAACAAGCCGAGGGGUUUUGCUUUCAUACGUCUCUCACUGAAAGAUGAACAGAUGAACAUCGAAAUAAAAUCAUGCUGUAGUGCCUUUAUGAAGACACGUCAUUUAAGAUUAUAAGUUCAUGUCCAUCAAAGCUCGUAGUGCAAUACAGAUGAAGUAUGCUAUUUAUUUGACCUUUGCCCUCUUGUUCUCCAUAGAGAUGUGUUCAGUAGAGGCUCAUUAUACUGAAUGUACAGUAAAAAUGACAGUUUUUAAACUUUAUUGUAAAACAAAUCCUGGAACUUUUUGAACUGAAUAUAACAUGUAUUACAAUAUUUCAAUAAAAGCAAUUAUUUCAUAAGAGGUAUGAAGAUCUUGACGAGCGUUUGUGAAAGAUGAUCCUUUGAUUUUAGAGCUCCUGUAACCAUAAAUGCAGCAUGUUUAUUACAGUGUUUAUUACUCAAACAUUCUGGUUAGGAGUUUUUCUUCUGCACUUCAUUCAGCCCAAAGCACUUCAUGAACACACUCCAUUCAAACUUUGUUUUGUAGAUAAUUUCAGCUUUAUUUUUGCUCUCUGAAAACUUUAAGAAAUGUUAUGUUUAAGAAAGGCUGAAAAUCUCCCGCACUGCAAAAUAAUAAUAAAUAAAAAAUC